GACACCUGAGAGCUCCGGGGCACGGCGCGGGCGCGCAGGACAGUUUGGAGCGCACCAACCCAGCGCGGGUAGUUUGGUGGAUAUGCGGCGCACAGAAGAAGCAGAAGCAGAAGAUUCUCUGAAGUUUGACCUGAGAUCAGCGGAGCCAACACGUGCGUAAAACUCUUUGCGCCUUUCUGCGUUUUCCAUGGAGAGCCGCACAUGACAGGAGCAGCUCCCGCUCAGCAGCAUCUACAGGGAUCUGUGAAACAUGGCGAGGGGAACCGUGGGAGCUCACUUGCUCGCGGUGUUCUUAACUUCUUGGGCGACAGUUUUAAGGGACGCAGGUGGGCAAGAACCUUUUAACGACCUGACCGGGUUCAGCCUGAACCCGCCUUACUUCAACCUCGCCGAGGGCAUCAAGAUUUCUGCCUCAGCAACCUGCGGCCAAGAUGAGGCUGGCGCUCCGAGGCAGGAUUUAUACUGUAAGCUCGUCGGAGGACCAAAUUAUGGACUUUCUAAUCAACAUAUUCAGGGUCAGUUCUGUGACCACUGCAACUCGGCUGAUCCAAGCAAAGCUCACCCAGCGACCAAUGCCAUAGAUGGGACAGAGCGGUGGUGGCAGAGCCCUCCUCUCUCCAGAGGAUCGGGCUACAAUGAGGUGAAUGUUACCCUGGACCUUGGACAGCUCUUCCACGUGGCGUACGUCCUCAUCAAGUUUGCUAAUUCUCCUCGUCCUGACCUGUGGGUGCUGGAGCGCUCUGUAGACAACGGGAGGACAUUCACCCCGUGGCAGUUUUUUGCACAUUCAAAGCGGGAGUGUAUUGAAAGGUUUGGAAAGCCUCCCAAUGCUCGAGUAUUAAAGGAUGACGACCAGCUCUGCACCACAGAAUACUCUCGGAUCAUCCCCUUAGAGAACGGAGAGAUUGUCGUGUCUCUGAUCAACGGCCGGCCCGGGUCCAAAAACUUUACCUACUCGCCGGUGCUGCAGCAGUUCACCAAAGCCACUAACAUCCGCCUACGUUUCCUCCGAACCAGCACCCUGCUGGGGCACCUGAUCUCUAAGGCCCAGAGAGACCCCAGCGUCACACGCAGGUACUAUUAUAGCAUCAAAGACAUUAGCGUUGGGGGGCGCUGUGUUUGCCACGGACAUGCACAGGUGUGCGGGGCAGGACGUAACCCAGGCAGCCCGAGCAGACUCCAGUGUGAAUGCCAACACAACACCUGCGGUGAAUCGUGUGACCGCUGCUGCCCAGGCUUUAACCAGAAGCCAUGGCGCGCUGCAACUGCUGACAGCCCCAAUGAGUGUCGGCCCUGCCAGUGUUUCUCCCAUGCCUCUGACUGUUAUUAUGACCCGGAGGUGGAAAGGAGGGGAGCAAGUUUAGACACCUUCGGCAGGUACAGCGGAGGGGGAGUGUGCGUCGACUGCCAGCACAACACUGCUGGGGUGAACUGUGAAAGAUGCGCUGAAGGUUUCUUUAGACCUUACGACGUACCCCCCGAGUCUCACACUGGGUGCAUAUCUUGUAGCUGCGAUGACAGAACCGCCAGCGGCUGUGAAAUGGGGUCUGGAAGAUGUGUCUGCAGGCCGCAGUUUGCAGGAGAAAACUGCGACCGCUGUGCUGAUGGAUACUAUCUCUACCCCCAGUGCAUUUCAUACCCAGUGCGCCUGACAACCACCGAGUCUCCUGCAGGUCCUAUUGUGGAGCCUACUGCCUGUCCUUUAGGCUACUUCGACUCUCCCAACUGUCAGCGUAAGUCUUCUUUUUGUCUGUGUACAGCUUGCAGCUGUGAUUACAGAGGGACGGUGUCUAGGGUCUGCGAUGCUUCAGGGCGCUGUCUGUGCCGGGAGGGGGUGGACGGGGAGCGGUGUGACCGCUGCCGACGUGGAUAUUAUUCUUUCCCAAACUGCCAGGUGUGCCGCUGUAACUGGGCUAGUGUGUCUGAAAGUCUGUGUGAUCCAAGCGGCCGGUGCCUUUGCCUCCCAAAUUUCACCGGCCUGGAGUGUGAUGAGUGUGCUCCUGGUUUCUACGGAUUUCCGGACUGCGCUGCCUGCCAGUGUUCACAAAAGGGCUCAUACGACACCAUUUGUAACCCCACAUCGGGUCAGUGCCUCUGUCUCCCAGGUGUGGUGGGUCAGCAGUGUGACCAGUGUGCCUCUGGACUGAGUUUCCCUCAGUGCUCAGAAGCCAUCCGUGGAUGCAACAUAGCAGGAACAGAAAUCUCGGAUCCCCAAAUGGGCUCCUGCCGCUGCCUUCCAAACGUAGAGGGACCUCUUUGUGACAGGUGUAAACAGCUGUACUGGAACCUGGCAACGGACAACCCUCAUGGAUGCACAGAGUGUCAUUGCGAUCUGAAAGGGACGCUGAGCGGUGUUGGGGAAUGUGAACAGAAAAGCGGGCAGUGCCAUUGCAAGCCUCAUGUGUGCGGCCAUGCCUGUGACUCCUGCAAGGAAGGAUACUUCCUGAUGCAGAAGAAAGAUUAUUUUGGAUGUGAAACUUGUCAGUGUGAUGUAGGCGGUGCCAUCGGCAUGGGGUGUGAUCAGAUUUCAGGACAAUGUCAGUGUCGGGCGAAUAUAAUUGGCCGUACAUGCUCAGAACCAGCACCCAGCUUUUACUUCCCUACUUUGCACCAGCUGAAGUUUGAGAUAGAGGAUGGCACGACGCCCAAUGCCAGGCCAGUACGCUUUGGUUAUGACCCUAAAGAAUUCCCAGAUUUCAGCUGGAGGGGUUAUGCUAUCAUGUCUCCAGCGCAGAGUGAAGUCAGAGUAACAGUGCAUGUUGAUCCCAAAGAUGGAAGGCAGAACUUAUUCCGAGUGGUUCUGCAGUUCAUUAACCCCAGCAGCAUCAGUGUGUCUGGUAGCAUCAAGGCUACACAUAGCAGAGGCAUUUCAGGGACAGAUCAAAUGAAGGAAAUAGUAUUUCCUCCAAGCUCCUCUCCGUCUUUCCUAACGGUCCCUGGAGAAGGUUUUGCUGAGCCCUUUGCACUGAAUCCUGGGAAUUGGAUUAUUCACAUAAAGGCCGAGGGUGUUCUCUUGGACUAUCUCGUGCUUCUGCCCCGGGAAUAUUAUGAGGCAUCUCUGCUGCAAGCAAAGAUCACCCAACCCUGCUCUUACCUUCCCACCGCAGACACAACAGCAAACUGUUUACUAUACAAGCACAUAGCCAUGGAUGCCUUCAGCUCUGUGUUAGGGACUCAGGGAAGACUUACUACCCGGAGAGGACGGAGGAAGAGGAGGCAAGCUCGUGUUCAUCGUCCCACCUCAGAUCACCCUGAAAUGGCGGUCCUCAAUGGCAGACAGUCUCUGCUGGAACUCAUUCUGCGAGUUCCUCACCCAGGAUCAUAUGUCCUUGUUCUGGAAUAUGCCAGCGAGGUGGAAACCAUCCAAACCGUCAACAUUCUCAUAAGUGAUCUGCCUGGCGGUCCGAUCGUGGCGAGAGUGAAUAUUUAUACGUGUGCCUUCAGCACUUUGUGCCGGAGUGCGGCAGUGGACAGCAAAAACCAAGUGGCAAGACUGGAACUGGUUCACAGGACAGAGAUUCUUCUGCAGACGUCCACUACAUCAUUCCUGCUGUAUAAAUUAUAUGCAGUACCUGCAGAGGAGUUCUCCACUGAGUACAUCAAGCCAAAGGAACUUUGUGUCUCCACUCAUGGACGCUUCACUGAAGAUAGUCGACAUUGUAUUCUGCGAGCUUUUGAGAAGCCCCCCUCAGCAUUGAUUCUGUAUGCAGCCCACGACGGUCAGCCGCUGUCCACGCUCGCAGAUGCUGUUCAGAGAGAAAAACGUGAAGAUCGUAAGCAGAGACGACAGUCUGGCUUGUUUUCUGUCCAAGAUCCUCACAGCGGUGGUGUUCUGCUUAAAUUCCCUCAGACAGAGAUCAGUUUCGCUCCAUCAGUGCCCCUCCCAGGCAGAUACGUUGUUGUGAUCCACUAUCAUCAGCCAGAACACAUCUCCUUCCCAGUGGAAGUUCGAAUAGAUGCAGGGCGGGAAUGGAAAGGUUUGAUAACGGCAUCCUUCUGCCCAGCAGUCUCAGGCUGCAGGGAUGUUGUUAUUGCUGAUGCACGCAUAUCUCUUGACUUUGACAAGAAAUCGUGGCCGCGGCCCACCAUCACUGUAAUCACCCCGCCAAAGAAGACUCUAAUUCUGGAUUACAUUUUGUUGGUUCCUGAUAGCAUUUACACACCAGAUCUCCUUAAAGAGAAACCACUGGACAAAUCUGAGCAAUUCAAACAGCUGUGUCCUGGAGAAGGCUUCCUUAUUGAGCCCAGAGGGUCUUCCAUCUUUUGCAAAGCUGCAGUCCACUCUCUGGUUGCAGCUUACAAUGACGGAGCUCUGCCUUGUGACUGCAACAAGUCCGGUUCUACUGGGUCUGAUUGCAGUCCAGUUGGUGGACAGUGUCCCUGCAGGCCGCACAUUAUUGGACGACAGUGCACAAAAUGUGCCACAGGAUACUAUGGAUUUCCAUACUGCAGACCUUGUGAAUGUGGCCGCCGACUGUGUGACGAAGUGACGGGACGCUGCAUCUGCCCUCCUCAGACAGUCAGACCAGCCUGUGACGUGUGCCAAAACCUGACUUUCAGCUACCACCCUUUGCUGGGCUGCGAGAACUGUGCCUGCUCGCCCACUGGGAUCAGCACAAAUGCUGGGCCUCAUUGUGACCGGGUCUCUGGGCAGUGUAGCUGCAAACCUUAUGUCGGAGGCCGACAGUGUGACCGCUGCGCUGCGGGGUAUUAUCGUUUCCCCAACUGUCUGCCUUGUGACUGCCAUAAAGAUGGAGUCACGUCUAACGUGUGUCACCCUGACACAGGAGAGUGUCUCUGCAAGAGAAAUGUCGCUGGCGUCAGGUGUGAUGUUUGUCGAGAAGGAUCCUUUUAUUUUGACCCCUCCAACCCUCAAGGUUGCACCAGCUGCUUCUGCUUUGGAGCCUCCGACCGGUGUCAGAGCUCCAAUAAACGCAGAGGAAAGUUUGUGGAAAUGAGAGACUGGCGUUUGGAAAGCCCCGCCAUCGAAGAGGUUUCCUCUGCUCUGAACACAGCCAGCAACACAGUGGUGGCGGACGUCCAGGAGCUCCCCCCAACAGUUCAGUCCUUAUACUGGGUGGCACCACGGCCCUACCUCGGCAACAGAGUUUUUUCUUAUGGGGGUUUCCUCACCUACCAGUCCAAAUCAUUUGGGAUACCAAAGGAAGGGAUGGCUUUAAUUGACAGACGGCCUGAUGUUGUGCUGACUGGUCAGAAUAUGAACCUGAUCCAUGUGGCUUCUCAAAUUCCACUUCCAGACCGACUGUUUCAGGGGAGAGUCGAGUUCUUGGAGGGAAACUGGCGCCAUGCAGGCACCAACAGGCCUGUGUCCAGAGAGGAGCUCAUGAUGGUCUUGGCAGGUCUGGUGGGGCUUAGAAUCCGAGCCCUGUACUUUGCUCAGAGCCAGCGGCUGACGUUGGGGGAGGUGGGCCUGGAGGAGGCCACAAACUCAGGAACUGGAAGUCCUGCAAAUACUGUAGAGGACUGCUUCUGCCCUCCUCAGUACUCUGGAGGUUCUUGUGAGAUGUCCGAUUUACGUACGGACAGAUUCAGGCUCAGAGGGGGUUUGACACAAGCCCUGAUGUAUUGGACUUUGAUUGGACUUUCUUGGGCUUCGCACAGACCGUUUAGUAAGGAAGAGCGCUACCGCAACACCAGACACCUUGACAAAUGGGCUCAGAGGAUACAUUACCCUUCGCUUCACGACCAGGGAUCUCAGCGAGUCCAAUAUCCAUCUGUGAAUGACCGUGGCGCCCAACAGGUGCUCUACCCUUCCUUGCAUGGAGAGGGUCAGGAGGUUCAGUACCCUUCAGUUAGUGUGAAUGAGGCCGGUUCUCAGAUUCAGAAAUGUUCUGCUGGCUUCUACAGAGAUGCCAUUGGAUCCUUCCUGGGCCGCUGUGUGCCUUGUCAGUGCAACGGUCUGGCCUCCGAAUGUGAAGACAAAACAGGGAGGUGUCUGAACUGUCGGUACAACACUGCUGGGGACAGAUGUGAGCACUGCAAGGAAGGUUACUAUGGCAACGCCGCGUUGCGGACAUGCAGAGCGUGCCCGUGCCCAUUCAGCGAAUCCGGGAACAAUUUUGCUGUCGGCUGCAGAGAGGUAAAUGGAAACAUCAACUGUGUUUGCAAACCGGGUUACACUGGAGAACGUUGUGAGAGAUGUUCUUCUGGGUAUUUUGGUGACCCUAUGAGCCCAGGUGGGAGAUGUCAGCCAUGCAACUGCAAUGGCAAUGGAAACAACUGCGAUCCAAGAACCGGAGUCUGCAAAAACACUCUGGAGCCAGGAGACACAAACAUAGACAACCAGUGCCAAGAGUGUGACAGCUGUGUUUGGACCUUACUUCACGACCUGGAGAAGCUUGACGAUGAGUUGGCACGGCUCAGGGCUCAGCUGGAGAAUGCCUCAGCCAGUUCUUUGUCUCGAGAAAGACUUGAUAAGCUUGAAAAAGCUGUGACAGAAACCAAGCUUCUUGUCAAGGAAUUCAGCUCAACAGUUAACGCUCAAAAGAAUAAAGUGAACCAGCUGGAGGAUGACACGACCAGCCUCGCGGAUGACAUCAGCUCCCUCAAAAAGCUAAACGAUAUCAGGGCUGCGGACGCUGACAAGGCACUGGAUGAUGUUGACAAAACCCACAAAAGGGCAAAAGAUUUAGAAUCAGACAUUCAGAAGAUGUUAAAGAAAAUACAAGACCUUUUGAACCAGAUGAAGAAGGAAGAAGGCAGAGGUGAUUCCCUGCCCAGUGAAUCUCUGUUGAGCGUGCUGGAGAAAGCUCAGCGCAUGGUGAAGGAUAUGGAGGAAAGGAACUUCACCCCUCAGAAGCUGGCUGCAGAGAAGGAGAAAGAGGAAGCGCAGAAAUUGCUAGACUACAUCAAGACAAAUAUAAGUAGGCAGAGUGACCAAAACGAGGCUGCAGCAGAGAAGAUCCGGAGCCUCCUGAAGAUCUUCAACAGCAAGCUGAGAGACCUUGACAAAGCUUUAAAGGAGGCGACGGAAAUGGUGAAAAAGGCUAAUUCCUAUAACGGUCUCAGUGCUCAGACUCUGGAAGAUUUGCAGAAACGGGUUGAGGACUUAAGAGAACAGCGUAAAACUGUUGAGAACCAAAUAGCCACAGCUGAGGAUUCACUGCAGAAAACAGUGGAUUUGAUCAAAGAGCUCUCUGACAGUAAAAUGGAAUAUGAAACACUUGCUGCACAGCUGGAUGGAGCAAAGAGUGAUUUGACCACAAAGGUUAAGAAGAUCACAAAUGCAGCAGCCCAGAAGGAUAUAGUGGAAGCUGCAGAGGAACACGCAAACAACCUUGCCAAGCUAGCAAAAGACCUCGAAAAUGCUGUGAAAAAUGCAAGUGGGCGAUCUGAGGUCCGUGAUGCCAGGGAUUCUAUUGAGGCUUACCAGAACAUCACAGACGCCAUUAAUGCUGCAGAGGCAGCUGCUAAUGAGGCCAAAGAGGCUGCAGACAAUGCCCUGAAGAAUGUACAAGACCAAAGUCUCACACAAAGAGCAAAAGAUCUAAAACAGACUGGCAAUGAUUUACUGAAGGGUGCACGAGAUGAUGAGAAACAGCUACAGGAUGCAGCCAAAAACAUCACCGAUUUGAAUAAACGGCUGAAGAAAGCUGAAAAGAAAAAGAAAGCUCUUGAGAAAGACCUCCGUGAUGCACAGACUAAAUUAAAUGACACCAAGAGAGAUGAUAUUAAAGAAAAGAUUGAGGAGGCUAAAAGGAAGGCAGCUGCAGUCAAUGAAACAACCAAGAAAACGAUGGAAAAACUCAACAAUAUCUCAAAUGAAAUCAAUAAGAUCAACAUUUCUCCUUCACACUCUAACCUAAGCAAUGAACUGAAAGAUAUGAAUCAGUCUGUGAAUCAGCUGUUAAAAAUCAUCCCAUCUCUGAACGACAAGAUAGCAGAGGUGGAGAACGUGACUGCAAAGUUUCCACCAACAAACAACAUUUCUGACAGCAUAAAGAAUGUCAAAGAGCUCAUUGAGCAAGCCAGGGACGCAGCGAACAGGAUUACAAUCCCCAUGAAUUUUAAAGGUGACGGUUACGUGGAAUUGCGCCCACCGAAAGACCUGGACGAUCUGAAAGCCUACACAUCCUUGUCUCUGAAGCUGCAGAGGCCUCUGGGCAGGGGAGAUGGCAAACGCAGACGAAGGCAGGCCGUAAAAGAUGAAGACAUGUUUGUGAUGUAUCUUGGCAAAAGAGACUCCUCCAAGAAUUACAUAGGUAUGGUUCUGAGGAAAAGCAUUUUGUACACCGUGUACAAACUCAACAGUGUCGAAUAUGAGUUGAAGUCGAGUUACGUCAUCAGAUCUGCAUCCGAACCGGCCAAGUUUGACAGAGUGGAUCUUCACAGAGUUUACCAAGAUGCAGAGAUUAUCUAUACAAGCGAUGUCACCUCAAACACACCUGGUCAGCCUGUUAGCACCAGCUCUCAAGGAACACAGAACAAGGACCUCCUGAACAUCAGCCCCAGUGAUGUCGUCUUCUAUGUUGGAGGCUACCCUGCCAACUUCACUCCGCCUGCUUCUCUUAACCUCCCCAAAUACCAGGGGUGCCUUGAGUUAAUUUCAUUUAACGAUAAAGUUGUAAGUCUCUAUAAUUUCCAAAAAGCCGAGAGGAUCAACCCAGAGAUUCCAUGCAAGAGAUACCUGCCUCCAGUGGAUUCAGACUACUAUGAAGGAACCGGGUACGGCAAAGUGGCCUUAACCCUGAGAUCUACCACAGUUCUUGUCAUCAGCAUGUCCGUCCGUGCUCGUUCUGAAAACGGUAUCUUAUUUUACAUUGGAACAGAGGAUAAAUACUUCACUUUGACGAUGGAGAGAGGUGUGCUUUUCAUUCGUAGUAAUCUGCUUGAGGACGCCAUGACGGACAACAAAAGAGUAUCUCCGAUGACGGACUGGACUGAUAUACAGAUCAUUGUCAAGACUAAUAUAGAGGUUCAAAUACGUGUUACCAGUAGCCUUGCAUUCAAAACCGAAGUCAAAUUUAACAUCCCAGACUUCCAAGAAUUCUACGUUGGUGGAAUACCACAAGGGUUGAGAGAAAAAAAUAACAUCACCAUGCAGCCUUUCCUGGGGUGCAUAAAGAAUUUGAAGGUGUUUUCGGACUUCCAAGUCCUUCAGGAACAAGUUGGAGUCAGUAAAGGCUGUCCUGUGGAAUCCCUGAUUCUACGUAAAGCCCAGUUCAGCUUGGGGAGCUCGCUUUCAAGUAACCUCCCAGGCUUCAGUCUGGACAAAGACCUCACACUCUCUCUUGGAUUCAAGAGUAAAGAGCCUGAGGGCCUCAUUUUGCAGGACAAGUUGCAGGCUUAUGGGAUCAGCCUUGGACUGGAAAAUGGCCAUGUUAUUUUGAUAUUCGACAACAAAGAACUAAAAUCUAACUACCAGUACAAGGAUGGAGAGUGGCACUACUUGACUAUCACCAAAAACGCUGGCAUUGUUGGGUUGCACAUUGAUGACAAUGAUUUCGCGGAGGCAGAGAGUGGCUCCAGAUCAGUGACUGACACGGGUGGUCUAAUGUUCGUUGGAAAUAAGAAGUUCAAAGGCUGCAUCUCUAACUUUUAUACAAGAAGGCCGGAGAACCUGUACAGGGUUGAAGACUUCAGCAACUUUAACUCCUCAGGAGACAUCUUGAUGGGUGUUUGUACGAAUGACAAUCCUAUUCAGCUGAUGCUGGACCGCAACUCAAAGAGAGACGGCGUGACUCCUGUCAUGAAUGAAACUGCACCAGCAUGUGCGCUGCCUGCACAGGUUCAAAAUGCCUACCGUGUGGGGGGGGCAGGCAGCAGUCUGAGCUACAGCCUUCCACUGCAGGUCCUGCAGCCGAGACCCCACUUCUCCUUAGAUGUCAGGACCCGCUCUGCUGAAGGCCUGCUGUUCUUCGCUGCAACCAGAGGAGGGCGCUCUCAUCUUGUGUUGUACAUGUCUAAGGGAAGGAUCAGGCUGUCUGUGGGCAAACAAAAGGAGAUCUUUAACAGGGAGAAGUACAAUGACGGAAGGUGGCACUCGGUCAUAUUUACUUUUGAGAAGAGAAAGUUCCGAUUGGUUGUGGAUGGGAUCAGAGCUCAGGAUGGUCAGUUGUCAAAUGCUGAGCUGAAGUCAAUGCAGGAGUUUAUGUCACCUGUGUUUUUGGGCAGUGCCCCGGAGUCCUUUCACAAGGAGUUAAAGUCCAAGGACCUUCCAAAGCACAGUGUCUCUGGAUGUUUGCGUAAUUUUAAAAUGAACGGAGCACUGAUGUCCAAUCCCACCACAAACACUGGUGCAGGGCCCUGUUUCGAGGGACAGACACAGAGGGGAGUGUAUUUCUCAGGGAAUGGAGCUCAUGUCAUUUUGAAUGACUCGUUCACUGUGAGCUCCACGUUUGAGCUGCUCUUCAACAUUCGUCCCCGGAGUCAAACUGGACUUCUGCUUUAUGUCGGUGAUUCCGGCCGGAACCAAUACGAUCCGACAACCGGACACUUUCUUACUGUGUAUAUGCUCAAAGGAGAGGUGGUGGCAAAAGUGAACAAUGGAAGAGGAGAAUUUAUGGUGUCAGUGAAACCAAAAACUUCUUUAUGUGAUGGAGUAUUUCAUAAAAUAUCAGUGAUCAAGAGGUUGCAUGUUGUGCAACUGUCUGUAGACACGAUGGACAAUUACAAGAUUGGACCACCAACUUCCACACCUAUUUUGACCAAAAGCCCUCUGUUUUUGGGUGGCAUUCCUGGGACACUGACCCAAAAUGCGCUUUCUGUCACGUCCUCUUUUAUGGGCUGCAUCCAAGACAUGACGAUCAACGAUAAGCUGAUCUCCUUCAGCAGACUGUCAGCUGUGUUUGGCCCAGUCAACCUCAAGGAGUGUCCAGGCUGAGCAAUGCGGACCUCCUCUGAACAAACCUGGGGACCAUGUUUACCACCACCUAUGUGCAAUCUGUUAUCAUGACAGAGAAUGUUUUUGAGUGAGUGUGAAUCGGACUUCGGUUUGAAGUGUGUGAAUGAGUGUGAACCUGGAGAAACGAGCAGCGGCCUUUUGCUGCUCUCCCUCAGACAUUUCUUUAUUUAUUUUGUAAUAAAAUCAUGCCACAUUUCAGGAAUCUGUUUUCUGUAAGAUGCAUCAAUUUGUUGACUCCACAACCAAAUGCUACUGAAUGGGUGUUUUUUUUAGUAAUGUAGCCAAACCAGCACUUUAAGAAAACUGAUUCUUUUUCUAAUGGUGCUGUAAAUGAGAUCUGUUUUUGUUUGAAAUACAAAUUUAUUUUAUGAAAGAAAACAACAGUUUAAUCUAAGAAUGACUGAAUUGGUGACUUUUCAUGUUUUUUAAAAAAAAGGUUUUUUACAUUUUAGCUGACUUUAAGUGUGAGACAUCAUUCAUAUUCUUUAUUUGACUUGUUUUGAUUAAAUGUCCCACUUUGCAUUCCUUCAAAGUAAAAGUAGAACGUGUUUCUGCAAGUAUGACCGUUAAAUAAAAAGCAUACUUUUAGCAUUUUACAGUUAAAUAUCAAGGAUAAAGUCAUGCCAGAAAUAGAAAAGGAGUCGGGUUUGGGACCAUUUCUAUAAAUUCAGACUAAUGUAAUUUGUCACAUGAUGUGUUUGAAGUACUUACAUUCACCAGAAAGUGUUUACUCACCUGUUUUGUACAUUUUUAUCCAAGUUCUGAAAUUAAAUUAAAAUGUUGAUUUUAGCA